UUCUCAUUUUUCCCCGCCUUCUUUGUACUCUUAUACUCCAUGUUCUCUCAAAAUGCUAAGAGACUCUGGUAGACAUUCUUCUAAGAUAUACGGAGAUGUUGGGAAAAUCAAUUUCUAGUCCAAGCAUUCCCACUCGAAUUACUCAACUACCAAGAUAUGAAAGCUUUUUUUUCCUAUUGCAAAGAUACACAGGGAAGCGUCAACUCAACCAAAUUCUUGCUCUUUCGAUCAUUUCAGGUCUCAUCCAAAAGCGCUCUAUAGCAAGCAAACUUGUUGCCUCUUUGGCCCUGAGUUCCCUUCCGGGCACUACUUCUAUGGCCCGUGUAAUCGCUGAUGGUAUUCAUGGUCUUGAUACUUACACUUGGAACACAAUCUCCAGAGGUUAUUUGGAGGCAAAUAGACCGGAAGAAGCCUUUUCAGUUUAUUCCCUCUUACGAAGAAGAGCUUUCGUGGUUGAUGGUUAUACCCUUCUAUUUGCAAUCAAAUCGUGCGAGAUUAACAUAAUUCAAGGGGAACAGUUGCACGCUCAAGUGUACAAACUGGGAUUCUUGCAUGAGCUCAUAAUCCGAACUGCCAUUAUGCAGAUGUAUGCGUCUCACGAUAGGAUUUUUUACGCGGAACAAAUGUUCGAUGAAAUGCCCCAAAGAGAUUUGGUUAUGUGGAACUCCCUUAUUGCUUUAUAUGCUCGAAAGGGUUUCCCUUUGAAAGCACUUCAAGGUUUGCAAGAUAUGGUCAUGAACAAUGUUCUGCCCAAUGAGGUCACUGCAGCAAGUGUUCUUUCUUCUUGCUCUUCGAUGAAAGCAUUGAAAGAGGGCAGAGUAGUCCAUGGUUAUGUGAUCAGAAAUCUCGGCCAUUUUGAUAUUUUUCUCAGCAAUGCGUUGGUUGGAAUGUAUUCAAAUUGUGGAGAUCUUUCAAAAGCCCUCCUCAUCUUUCAAUUGAUGUCUUCAAGAAAUGUGAUUUCGUGGACAUCAAUGAUCAAGGGUUAUGUUGAUAACAACUGUCCACGUGAGGCAUUGAAUUUGUUCACCAAGAUGGUAUCUGAAAACAUGAGACCAGAUGAGGUUACCGUGUUACAGUUAAUUUCAAUGUGCUCCAAAUUGGGACGCUUUGAACUUGGACUACAGAUUGAAGACUAUCUACAGAAGAACAUGAUUAGUAAAGAGAAUCACUCUAUUGCAAAUGCUCUAAUGGACAUGCAUGCCAAAUGUGGUAAUAUGAGGAAGGCCUGCCAAAUUUUUGAUGGAAUGGUGCAGAAAACUCUAGUCUCUUGGACUACAAUCAUUAAUGGGUUAGCAAGGCAUGGACAUGGCAUACCGGCAUUAGUCCGGUUCUGCCAGAUGCAGAGAGAAGGGUUUAAACCAGAUGGUGUCAUCUUCCUCAGCAUCUUAACUGCUUGUAGCCAUGCAGGUUUAGUGGAUGAGGGAUUGAAAUGUUUUGAAUCAAUGAUUGAUGAUUAUUAUAUAGAGCCAUGGAUGGAGCACUGUGGAAGUAUUGUGGAUCUUCUAUGCAGGGCGGGGCUAGUGAAAGAGGCAUUGGACUUUGCUAAGGCAAUGCCAUUAAAACCAGAUAUUGUGGUGAGGAGAAUGCUGGUAGGAGCAUGUCAAAAGCAAAGUAAUAUGGAGCUAGCAAAUCGUGUUGCAAAGAUUUUUCACGAAGCUGGGCCUAAAAGUGUUGAAGAUUAUGUGCUACUGUCUAAUUCCCACGCAGCUAUGGAAGGAUGGCGUGAUGUACAAGAACUAAGGGAAGGAAUGAAGAUUAUGGGGUUGAGGAAGAAGGAUUCGGGUAAUAGUUUGAUAGAGGUUUGGAUCAAGAAUAAUCUCUACGCUAGAAAGAACAUUAACUGUUUCUCUCGCUGGCCCUGGAUCAUGGUCUUUAGCACCAUAUGCUGGCUCCUCUGGACAUCAAGAUGCAAAGCAGUCUUCGAAGGCUUACCGAUUCGCUCGCACGUUAUCUUUAGCCUUUGCCUUCACAAGCUUGGAAAUGCAGCAAGUCAACACUUUCUAGAACCACAUCUUUCAACUUAGAGAUGAGACUCGUUGGACACCCCCUCCAGCUGGAUCCUACAGGAUGGAUGUCGAUGCAUCAGUCAGAGAACACCACCAUGCGUGUGGUGGUUUAAUUGGAGACUCUGCUUCCACCGAGCUUUGGGUAAUGUCUCUUGCACAGAAGCAGAACUCCUCGCCAUUCAUGCUGGUCACAAAGCAUGCCACAGACGAAGUGUUAUCAUAUUCAGAGGUGGUCCACCCUUACCACCCACUUUGACCAACUAUUCAUGCCAUUCGUUCCACAUUGGCUACACUAUAAGAUAUCGCUAGAAGUGCUCAUCCCAGCCCCUCUUACAUUUCCUAUUUGAUGUUACUCCAUAUUGUGUUAAUUUGUAUUCACAGGGUAGGAGCCUCGUCUCCCUGAACUGUUGACUCUUGUGAUCAAGCUUAGUUUGCCCCCCUUAAUUUGAAAAAGAAAGAAAGAAAAAUUC